AUGACGGGAACAACAACGACGAGCGGCAUCAAUCCCAGUCCGGGAACUAACACCGCCAUCAUCGCCGACCGAGUUGCAGACCUUGGCUUAAACGACGUCUCGGACGACGAGUGUCCUUCUCCCAUGACAGCCUUCGACAUCGUCGUUGUCGGCGCUGGAGGAGGGCCAGACGAAUCAAAUCUCUCCGCAUAUUUGUUGAAAUCACACACAGCGCGCUGGGAAGACGGCGUCUUGGCUCUGGAGGCCGGCUCAGGCCAAGGCACCCUUGCCCGGAUCCUCAAGGAGAAACCUGACCUCUUCCGGGAUCCAGAUGGCGAGUCGGACCAGGUCAAGAAUCAGGCCCUCACCGCCUCUGAUAUCUACAACUCGAUACAGGGCUUCUUGAUUACCCAUGCUCAUAUGGACCAUAUUAUGAGCCUCGUCAUAUCGGCAGGCUCACUUUCGGGCUGCAGAAAACGCAUCUACGCCGUAAAACAGACCCUCAAGGACAUCGAGUCCUCUGUGUUCAACGACAGAGCUUGGCCAAACCUCGCUUCCUGGCGGGAGGAUGAUGCCAGCUACAAAUUUCUGUACUCCCCACUCACACCAAACACGACCACAUAUGAACCUGUCUCCUCCGAAUUCAGCGUCGCUACCUUCCCCUUGAACCACGGUUCAAACGACCUGGGCCCCUAUGAAUCUGUCGCCUACUUCGUUCGACAAGAUGCAAGUGGCCAAGAAUUCCUCUUCUUCGGGGACGUCGAGCCGGACUCUGUCGCAUCCCUAAACGGCGGCAAGCCUCAAACACUCGCCGUCUGGCAGUUCGCAGCUCCCAAAAUUCCACACAUGCUCUCCACCAUCUUCAUCGAAUGUUCAUAUCCAUCCGGGAGAGCAGAUUCCCUCUUAUUCGGACACUUGACACCCGAGUACCUCGUUGAAGAACUAGUUGCCCUCGCUGCAGAAGUCAGGAAAUCAAAACCUGCGGGGCAUUCUUCUGAUCGACCAAACAAGCAUGUCAGGAAGAGGCAAAAACGGUUGGCUUCCUCGACUGGGAUCACAAAUGCGUUGGCGGGGUUGACAGUGUAUGUGACACACUGCAAGGAUGCAGGGCUGGGAGACGAAUCUUCCGGGCGGCCCAUGCGGGAAGUCAUCGUAGAGCAGGUUCGAUCGUUAGCGGAAGCAAAGGGGUUGGGUGUUACUAUUAAAGCCGCUGAACAGGGCAUGCAUAUUCAGAUCUGA